CAGAAGUGAAUCGCUCAACAUCAUGAAAGUAUUGUUGGUGAUUUGUUUCCUUAUUGCUGGCUCUGUAGCCACGUUUGACAGACAAAGUAUGGUAUUAAUAAGACAUUUAUUUGAUGACACUCCUAUACGUGAAGAACGGAUAUCAUUGUUCACUGGAAUUCUUCUAGGCAACAACUGGGGUACAGAGAUGCAUAAGACUAUUGAAAAGACUCUCCACCCCCCAAAAAAGCGUCAAGAUGUAAUAUUUACCUGGUUUGGAUAACAAAUAUAAAACUCAUUCCUCUUAAAAUACAUAAUAAAUGGAUCAAAAAGUAAACAUGUUUUGAUAUUGAG